UUACAGAUGGCGGCUACUGCUGAUAACCACAACCGCAUUCAUCAUGGAGUUGAUCGAAUAAAUCUGCAUAAUGACUGACACCCACCCACUUGCCAACCUGGAACCAUGUAGCACAGAUGACACCGAAGACUUUUAAAGACACAUGUUUAUAUUUCAUCACUAUAAAAUGUCAAGUAGCCUCAAGCAACGCUUCACCUCUGAGGUGAAAGAAUACAUUCCGCUUGGUACACCUCGGCGCCAAAGUUUAGAUGGCAUAUCCCAUCCUGUAUCAGGAAGACCACAUCUUGAACUUCAUAAGAAAACUCCAAAACUGUUAAGCUCACUGCCUAAACGUAGCAUACUGCCAAUCAAAAACCCUGAGCUGGAGCAGAGAGACAAGUCCAACGCAGCCUCCAUCAGAUUUCAAAAUUGCAGCGUUGUUGUGAGAAAACUACAUCCAAAAAAUGGAAACGGUCACUCCUUUAAGGAUGGGCCUCUAAAUCCCAUGGUUAAAAAGGAGGUGAAAAGGACCAGUUCUUACAUCAGAGAUAAAGAACUUUCUAUUGCACUCAGUAAGGAGCUAAAUAAAAACCUGAGGGUUGGAGGUGGUAUAUUUCAUUCAGAUUGCUGUGCGACAACGUUUCGGAGGCAUAUUGAUCUUCAGUCAUCUCAUUCCAGGCCUAAUCCUGAGAGCCAUAGUUCCUUCUCAUUCAAGCAAAGGCCUAAAAGCUCAGUUAACACAGGGCAGCAAAACAUCCACCACCCUGAACAAAGGAAAGAUAGAGAGGAGAAUAGAAAUGACAAACCAUUUAGCAACAUGUCUUUGCAGAAGGAACUAAGCACCCCUCACCAGAAGACUUUCCCAGAGGGCAGGCUUUCCCUUUCUGCAAAGAGAAAAGGGGAGGAUAUUGCAGGCAAUGAGAGGGAAAUUAAGCGGCCAGGUCUAGAUGUCCAGCUCACACCCAGCACUUCAAUUAUAAACUCACCUCCAAAGUAUGUCAGACGUGCUUUCUUGAACUUCAGCAGUGAGUCUGUGCUAACUAUAAAGGAGAAACAGUCCCCUAAACCACUCAGUCCCACAUCAGACACCAACAAACCAAGACCUCCAUCCUCCCUGCCCAGGCAGCUGUUUAAACCUUGUAAGGAGCCCAGCAACAAGUCAAACACCGAAAGUGACAAACCACACUCAUUUCAGUUCACUAAAUUCCCCUUAACUGGAGAGCCUAAAGAUGCUAUGGUAGCACGUGGCAUCAAAAAUCCCAAAACUCCAUAUAGCCAACUGCAAUUUCGCAAAAUCUCUCUUAAGUCAAGCACAACGUUUGGCAGCGUCGAGACACACUUUACUCCUGACCCUUUCAUUACAUCUCCCAAAACCCAUAGCAAAAAUAUAAAUGGAGAAAGAGAAGGUUGCACUGUCUCCACACACCCAAGCUCCUCAUCCAGCCACAAGGAUAGUGUUAAAAUUUGCUCACCCCCCCAUCAACCUGAUCUAAGAACACCAAGAUUUUCUGAGCAAGCCAGUUCAUGCAAGAUAGAACUGGAUGAAAGAACGCAGUUGAAAGAGGAGCACUCACGCAGCCCCAAGGCUAACAUGACUGUCCCAGCUGUGUCUGUGAAAGUAGAAGGAUCAACAGAAAAGAAACGCUGCCCCCAGUGGAAAGAUCCCUUAGAAAUUGAGCUGGAAGAUGACUCGGGAGAUGAUCUGAGAGAAAGCUGUGCUAUCAGCCUGAGCAGCAGCAGCAGUGGUCAUGAGAGUGAUCAGCUACCAUCCCUGAGGGAGAUCAUGGAUUGGAGUGUUCGUGUUCCUGUUACCCCUGAGAAAGAUGCUUUCUCUGAGCCCAUGACACCAGUCCCAAAAUCAGCUCCCGAGGCAGUGAAAACCAAAGCAGUUAGUUAUAGAAAUACACUGGAGCAGAUGCUGCGAGAGAAGGAACAAUAUCAAAGGUCAAAAGAGCUGGAGAGACAGUUACUUGCAUCUUGCGAAGAGGACCUGCUGAAUUUCAAUGAGGAUGAGAACAGUGAAAAUAAAGACGAAGAAAUUUCACAUGAGCAAAGGGAAUUCUUGCAAAGGUUCUCUGUUGCCUCAUGUGCCAUCAGGGACAUCCACCCUGGAGAGGAAGUGUUCACACCUGCUAAGUUUGGCCGACUCUUCAGUCAUGAGACUCUGGACCUGAGAAAGAUUAGUGUCACUCCACACAACAGAUCACAACAAAUCCUCCUUCAGGCCAGUACUGAGAAAGUGUUGCAUCUGAUUAGUGCAGGCUUGCUGAGGAAAGCCUACUGUUCUUUCCCUUGUCAGCCUGAGGUUACACGCUGGCUUUUCCAGAUGAUGUCAGUUCACCCAAACCCCAUCACUUCCUCACGGAUCCUGCAGUCUCUGCAAACCAUCGCUUUGUCUGCUGCUGAACGUAUAGUGGAAACCCACAGCCGAAUGUUUAAGGUGUGGGUGCCCACUGUACAGGAUAUUGCACUGGUGUUCCUUAACAUGGGAGCAUCAUUCAUCGGUCUCUUCCCUCUUGAGGCCCUGGAACCCCCUUUUACUGAAGGAGACCUUUUAGAGGGCUUUCAGCCGGAAGAAACCAGCCACGAAAGACUGAUUUCUGAUAUGAAAUUUCAGAUAUCUUUUCCAGUGCAUAAUUUAGAGAGUGUUCUCAAGUACCUGUUCCUAUGCACUGCGCUGUGUCCGAGAGCCUACACUGACAAGGAGUUGCUGUUACUUCUAACAGUGACAUGUAGAAUCGGACUGGAGACACAUUUCCAGCUGCUGCCAACUGGACACUUCAGCCUCCUCCUCCAGAACCUGCUUAAGAACAUCACACACUGGGAAGUACAGAUAUCUAAAGCUUGCCAGACUCUGACUGAUUUGUCGGAAGAUCAUCACAACCUCAGGCGGCUCGUUUAUCUUCUGCCAGAAAGCAGUCGUGGAAAGCAAUUAAAACGACAUUUGUGUGUGUCCAUGAUUUCUAAGCUUUUAAAUCACACCUGCACUUACAAACCCUCAGGGACAGAGUUUAAGAUAUCUGAGCUGAGACCUUUCCUACCUCAUAUGCGUCCCUCAUCCCUGCUGAAAAGCUUCAGGUCUGCAAAAAGAGCAGAGGACUGUGAUGCCACUCUAGACCAAAAAGCAUAUUACCUCUGCUACAGCCUUUUGACGUUGACAAAUGAAGCCUCCAAUUUUGAGUUUUUACCCUCAAACCAGAGAAAUGACCUGCGGAGUCUUUCUUCUCAACUGGAGAAACACAUUAAAUGUGACAUAAGGGAGAGCGAGAAAAUGCUGUACAGGAGCAAGGUGAAAGACUUUGUGGCAAGGAUAUACACCAAGUGGCAGGUGCUUCUUACACGAACAAGGCCUCAAGAGGGAAAGCUGUAUGACUACUGGAAGCCUCCACCAGAAGAUGAGGUGCCCAACAGUCCUCAUGGCCAGUUUUGUAUCACAGCACAAGACACUUCAGAAAGUGCAGAAGAAACUCAGACUACAGAGUCGAGUUGUGCGGAGUCAGAUGAAGAUGCUGAUUGCAAAGAAGAGGAGGACGACUGGCCGAAAGAAUGCGAGGAAACCGAGAAGACUGAGGAGAAUAUGGCACGUGAGAAUGAAGAGAGUAUGGAGAACAGUGUUGAGAUAGGGGACAAAAGUGACGACCAACAGCUGAUGGAUCUAGAUGGAGAAGAUGAAGAGCUGUUUAAAAGUCCUUCAAGGUUUAUGGAGGGGGAUGAAAACGGAGCUCUCAUGAAUAGAGAUGAAGAGCCACAUAAGGAAGACCGAAAGCACACAGAAGCAAUCAGUGAGGAGUUAGAAGAACUUGAGGAUUUAUUAAAGAAAGAUGGAGAGCUGUUAGAAAUGCAAGAGGAAGUGAAGGAAGAGAUUUGCGAGAUGUCCGUAGACUCUGAGAAAGAAUAGUUUUUACAAAGCACCUUUGAUGGCAUUGGUGCACAUUCCUUGUGCAAACAAUUUUUAUAUGGGUGUUUUGUGCACUCAUUAAUGGUUAUAGUCUUUCACAACACAUAUGUGAUGCAUGUUUACAUAUUGGUUAUCAAUUUGUUUUUACAAAUUCCUCUCUUUUAUAUCAGCUGUCUUAUUGAAUGUUUGGACUAAACAUAUGUUUAUGUACAUAUACUGCAAGGUUCAUUUUGUUUCAAGGUCUUUCUAGCCAUCUCUUUAAGGAUGUGUGUGUGGUUAUUGUGCACACUGUUAGCUCUCAGGAUCAGGGUGUGUGCUUUGUGUGCUGCUGCCUUUGCAAUGUUUUUGCCUAUUUCAUCCGUUUACAAAAUAUCUGGGGCAUCUUUUUCCAGAAACGCCGUGUGUGUGUGUGUCUGUUUAGUGUUUAUUAAUAUUACUCUUAAUUCACAAAACAAGGGCUUAAACUAAAAACGUUCUGUUUAAUAUGCUAUAAUAUGUUCUCCAUUGUUUGGAAUUCAGAGUGAAUUUAGUUAUAUUGUUUUUAAGCAAAUCAGUCUUCCUCAAAACAUAAAAUUUUAGAAAUGUUUGUCAUGAGUAUAAAUUAUUUAAAAUCUGUAUUUCUUAAACUUUUUUGAUAAUUUGUAUUAAAAUAAAUACUUGUU